AUGCAAUUUGAGACAUUGCGCCAAGUCUGCAAUUCUGUUUUAUCUCAUUUUCAUGGGGUUUUUUCAUCCCCACCAAAUAUUUUACAAAAUGAGCUUUUUGGACAAACACUGAACAAUGCAAGGAAAAGAAGUCCUUCAGUGUCCAGAGAUCAGAAUAGAAGAUACGACCAAAGGGAAGAUAGAGAAGAAUAUUCACAGUAUGUUCCCUCAGACAGCACAAUGCCAAGAUCUCCAUCAGAUUAUGCUGAUAGACGAUCUCAACAUGAACCUCAGUUUUAUGAAGAAUCUGAUCAUUUAAAUUAUAGAGACUCCAACAGGAGAAGUCAUAGGCAUUCCAAAGAAUACAUUAUAGAUGAUGAGGACGUGGAGAGCAGAGAUGAAUAUGAAAGACAAAGGAGAGAGGAGGAGUACCAAGCUCGCUACAGGAGUGAUCCAAAUUUGGCCCGGUAUCCAGUAAAGCCACAACCCUAUGAAGAACAAAUGCGGAUUCACGCUGAAGUGUCCCGAGCACGGCAUGAAAGAAGGCAUAGUGAUGUUUCUUUGGCAAAUGCUGAACUAGAAGAUUCCAGGAUUUCUCUAUUAAGAGUGGACCGAACAUCAAGGCAAAGAUCUACAUCUGAACGUAGAGCUGCGAUGGAAAAUCAACGAUCUUAUUCAAUGGAAAGAACUCGAGAGGCUCAGGGACAAAGUUCUUACCCACAAAGGACCACAAAUCAUAGUCCCCCUACCCCUCGGAGGAGUCCAAUACCCAUCGAUAGACCAGAUAUGAGACGAACCGACUCACUAAGGAAGCAACAUCACUUAGAUCCCAGCUCGGCAGUAAGGAAAACGAAACGUGAAAAAAUGGAAACGAUGUUAAGGAAUGAUUCUUUGAGUUCAGACCAGUCAGAAUCAGUGAGACCUCCACCACCAAAGCCUCAUAAAUCAAAGAAAGGGGGUAAAAUGCGCCAGGUUUCACUGAGCAGUUCAGAGGAGGAAUUGGCUUCCACACCUGAGUAUACAAGUUGUGAUGAUGUUGAGAUUGAAAGUGAGAGUGUAAGUGAAAAAGGAGACAUGGAUUACAACUGGUUGGACCAUUCGUCUUGGCAUAGCAGUGAGGCAUCCCCAAUGUCUUUGCAUCCUGUAACUUGGCAGCCAUCCAAGGACGGAGAUCGCCUAAUUGGUCGUAUUUUAUUAAAUAAGCGCCUAAAAGAUGGGAGUGUGCCUCGGGAUUCAGGAGCAAUGCUUGGCUUAAAGGUAUGUAAUAAAAUGUAUAACAUUUUGGCUCUUACUACUUUAUAAAUUUAUGAGAAAGACAAAGGAUUUAUUGUUUUUAUCUCUGAUCUUAGUGUCAUUGAUGUUACAGGUGAUGAAGUGUUAGAAUGGAAUGGAAGGCUAUUGCAAGGAGCUACAUUUGAAGAAGUGUACAACAUCAUUCUAGAAUCCAAACCUGAGCCACAAGUAGAGCUUGUUGUUUCCAGGCCAAUUGGAGAUAUACCUAGAAUACCUGAUAGCACACAUGUACAAAUGGAGUCCAGUUCUAGCUCAUUUGAAUCUCAGAAAAUGGACCGUCCUUCUAUUUCCGUUACCUCUCCAGUGAGCCCUGGCAUGUUGAGAGAUGUUCCACAGUUCUUAUCUGGACAACUUUCAAUAAAAUUAUGGUUUGACAAGGUUGGUCACCAGUUAAUAGUUACAAUUUUGGGAGCAAAGGAUCUCCCUUCCAGGGAAGAUGGGAGGCCAAGGAAUCCUUAUGUUAAAAUUUACUUUCUACCUGACAGAAGUGAUAAAAACAAGAGACGAACAAAAACAGUAAAGAAAACACUGGAACCCAAAUGGAACCAGACAUUCAUUUAUUCUCCAGUCCACCGGAGAGAAUUUCGGGAACGAAUGCUAGAAAUUACCCUUUGGGAUCAAGCUCGAGUUCGGGAGGAAGAAAGUGAAUUCUUAGGAGAGAUUUUAAUUGAAUUAGAAACAGCAUUAUUAGAUGAUGAGCCACAUUGGUACAAACUUCAAACCCAUGAUGUCUCUUCAUUGCCACUGCCCCACCCUUCCCCAUAUAUGCCACGAAGACAACUCCAUGGAGAGAGCCCGACCCGGAGGUUGCAAAGAUCAAAGAGAAUAAGCGAUAGUGAAGUCUCUGACUAUGAUUGUGAUGAUGGAAUUGGGGUAGUUUCAGAUUAUCGACACAAUGGUAGAGAUCUUCAAAGCUCAACAUUGUCAGUACCAGAACAAGUAAUGUCAUCAAACCAUUGUUCACCAUCAGGGUCUCCUCAUCGAGUAGAUGUUAUAGGAAGGACUAGAUCAUGGUCACCCAGUGUCCCUCCUCCACAAAGGAAUGUAGAAAAGGGUCUUCGAGGGACACGUACUACCAUGGGACAUUAUAAUACAAUUAGCCGAAUGGAUAGACAUCGUGUCAUGGAUGACCAUUAUUCUCCAGAUAGAGAAAGUCAUUUUCUUACUCUACCUCGCUCCAGAUACAGUCAGAACAUUGUGCAUCAUCACAGAGAUGGCAGGGAUUGUGAAGCAGCAGAUAGACAGCCAUAUCACAGAUCCAGAUCAACAGAACAACGGCCUCUCCUUGAGCGGACCACCACCCGCUCCAGAUCCACUGAACGUCCUGAUACAAACCUCAUGAGGUCGAUGCCUUCAUUAAUGACGGGAAGAUCUGCCCCUCCUUCACCUGCCUUAUCGAGGUCUCACCCUCGUACUGGAUCUGUGCAGACAAGCCCAUCAAGUACUCCAGUGGCAGGACGAAGGGGCCGACAGCUUCCACAGCUUCCACCAAAGGGAACAUUGGAAAGAAGUGCUAUGGAUAUAGAGGAGAGAAAUCGCCAAAUGAAAAUUAACAAAUACAAACAGGUAGCUGGAUCAGACCCCAGACUGGAACAAGAUUACCAUUCGAAGUAUCGAUCAGGAUGGGAUCCUCAUAGAGGGGCAGAUAAUAUUUCUACUAAAUCUUCGGACAGUGAUGUAAGUGAUAUAUCUGCGGUUUCAAGGACUAGUAGUGCUUCUCGUUUCAGCAGCACAAGCUACAUGUCUGUCCAGUCAGAACGGCCAAGAGGAAACAAGAAAAUCAGUGUCUUUACAUCUAAAAUGCAAAGCAGACAGAUGGGCAUGUCAGGGAAGAGCAUGACCAAAAGCACCAGCAUCAGUGGAGACAUGUGCUCACUGGAGAAGAAUGAUGGCAGCCAGUCUGACACUGCAGUGGGUGCCUUGGGCACUAGUGGCAAGAAGCGACGCUCUAGCAUUGGGGCCAAGAUGGUAGCUAUCGUUGGUCUAUCAAGGAAAAGUCGCAGUGCUUCUCAGCUCAGCCAAACGGAAGCAGGGGGUAAAAAACUACGGAGCACUGUGCAGAGAAGUACAGAAACAGGUCUGGCAGUGGAGAUGAGGAACUGGAUGACUCGACAGGCCAGCCGAGAGUCUACAGAUGGCAGCAUGAACAGCUAUAGCUCAGAAGGAAAUUUGAUUUUCCCUGGUGUCCGCCUGGCCUCUGACAGCCAGUUCAGCGAUUUCCUCGAUGGGCUGGGCCCUGCUCAGCUGGUGGGACGUCAGACUCUGGCCACUCCUGCAAUGGGUGACAUUCAAGUAGGAAUGAUGGACAAAAAGGGGCAGCUGGAGGUGGAAAUCAUUCGGGCCCGUGGCCUUGUUGUAAAACCAGGUUCCAAGACACUGCCAGCACCGUAUGUCAAGGUGUAUCUACUAGAUAAUGGAGUCUGCAUAGCCAAAAAGAAAACGAAAGUGGCACGGAAAACGCUGGAACCCCUUUACCAGCAGCUGUUAUCUUUUGAAGAGAGUCCCCAAGGAAAGGUUUUACAGAUUAUUGUCUGGGGAGAUUAUGGCCGAAUGGAUCACAAAUCCUUUAUGGGAGUGGCCCAGAUACUUUUAGAUGAACUGGAACUAUCCAAUAUGGUGAUUGGAUGGUUCAAACUAUUCCCCCCCUCCUCCCUAGUAGAUCCAACCUUGGCCCCUCUGACAAGAAGAGCUUCCCAAUCGUCUCUGGAAAGUUCCACUGGACCUUCUUACUCUCGUUCAUAGCAGCUGUAAAACUGUUGUCACAGCAACCAGCGUUACAAAAAAAAUACAUAUAUAUCCACAGGUCGCAAACCCUGGUAACACUGCAUGCUUAAUGUUGUGUCUUCUGAGCCCAUUUCUAGGGAUACAAAGCGAUCCUGUGUUCUCAGAGGAAGUUGCACACAUUGUGCCCUAACGAAGGCCCUCAGGUGAAAGAGCAGAGCUAUGAAGAACUAUCAGGUUUGGAGUUCAUUGACACUCGAGUUUUGGUCCAAUCUGAAGCCAUGGAUUAUUCUCAAAGAAUCCCGUCAGUUUCAUGCAACAAAAGCCCUUUUCAAUGGCACCUUUAUAUUUUUAUCGUUUUUCUUCAUUUAUCUAACCCAAAGCCCUGUUAUGCCACAGAAAUGGAGCUCUACAGCCAUUAAGCCAUGUUACAGGCCAAGGAAUGAAGUCCUAAGAAUCAUCAGGUGAAAAGCAAGGUCAGGAACAAAGCAUCCGCCCCUAGACCAGGAUCCGGAGGGAGAAAGGCCAGCUGGGAAGCUCCAGCUGGCAUGUCAUUUACUGAUGCCAAGAUGUGUCGGACUCUGAAAAUCACAAUUCUGUGGCUACACUGUACUGAAUGAAAUUAAAGAAACUUUUGCAUGGACUCAGAUUAGCUGAAUACUUUAAAUUAUUUUCUUGGGGCUGCAACUUGCAAAAAAAAAUAAAUAAAAAUCAGCCAUUUUCAACAAUUUAUAUUAUUUUUAAAAGUAAAUUUCACUAGUGCAUGGUUUUAAAUGGGGGAGAGAAUGCAACAGGGUGAUACAAAGACACACCAUGUUUAUUCUUUAACCACAGUCUGUGUUUUGGCAGACAUUACAGAUGAAAAUACUUUCUAGCAGAUACUUCAAAUUCUCUUUAUGUGACAACAACAGGAUAAUGUAUUCACUUUCUUUCCAUGUGAAAACACAAAUCUUAUGACCUUCAAUAUGUGCAGAUUUUUCACAUCGUUCUUCCUCUUCUCUAUCUCACUUUUCCUCUUCUCCCUCUUUUGUUUAUUUUCUUCCUGCCAAUGAGAGUGAACCUUAUAUUAAAAAUGACGAGUUUUUUUAUCUGAUUUAAUCUUCUACCCCAUAUUUGAUUCAGGGCUGUAGGUGCAUCUAAAUUUAUGAAUUUCUCAAGGGAAUUAAAAUAUUUAAGAGCUUUCUUUAUUUCAAGCAUGUUGAAAGGACUUUGCAACAUGACUUGGGAGUACACUUAAGUAAGUCAGCAUGUAUUUGACAAAGAAGAUAUUUGAACUUUUGCAACUUAUUGUACAGUGCAUGGUAAUUUUUUUUUCACCUUCAAAAUUCAGUUUACAGGAAAAUCCUACAAUCAUGUGGCCAUUGUAAUGUCUGAUAAAUGUGUUUUCAGCACCAGCAUUAUUCAUACAGGGGUUCAAGUAUUAUUUGUAGGUAUUCUUAGGGGUUUUUGGUUUGUUUUCUAAUUCUUUAAAUGAUUUCGUUAGCCAGUUUCCAUUUGUGUGAAUAGACACACUGCUAAAAAUUUGGAGCCCAAACACCCAAGGCUGUUUAUUAAUUCAUUUUUCUGUAGUAAAAAUAAAAAUUUUCACAAGUUAUAUUUCUAAGGAAAUAUCAUAAACAUAAAUUUGCAACAGUUUUAAAGCUCCAAUUUUUAAGUGACUCAAAGAAAGUCAAUAUGCCUACUAACUAGUUCUCUGAUGCUGUCAUCAGACGUCUACAUGCAAAUGCCCUGGAGUCCAAACCCCUGCCUUUGGCUCUACUGACUGACAGUUAUUACCAUUGGGUGGUGCUGCAAGGUCAAACUUCUCUCAAGUUCCCAAUUUAGAGGAAAUGUCACUGGUCAAUGGAGUGAACCGCCCUUCCCUUCUGGUUCUUAUGUCCUCUUUGACAACACAUUCUUAAUAGAUUGGUUUGACUUUCUUGCAAUACUUUUUGAAGUUCACACACAUCACAUCUGUUUAAAUGAAGUCCAUGCACAAAUAUUAUUUUCUUUGUUUUUUCUUUAUUUUUUCUAAUUCAGUGCUAAUCAUUGAAAACUAUCAUGCUUGAUAUGGUGCAAAAGUUAAAAUGAGUAUCACUAAAAAUGCCUUCUCUUUAUGUGGUGCAAUAUGAAAUACAUUAGGACUGUGUCUUGACAGUCUGAGAUCUACGAUGGACCCAGGUAGAGUUUUGAAAAGAAUGAAUAAAACUUUAUUGAAAUAAUUUAGACACCUGUGUACCAGCAACAAUUGAUUUAAUAGACCUGUAGUGUCUAUACUACCCCUUAGAAUAAACGUUUACCAUUUUCCUGAUACUAACAGGCAGUCACAUAAUCUUUUAUGCAUAUUCCUAUACAAAUUAUUUCUAAUUUUAAUAAGAAGGAUAUGACUGUAUGGAAUAUUUGUACAUACUUGUCAUUAUGCAGUAUUUAUUUAAAGUUGGUGUUGUUUUUUUUUUUUUAAUUUUCACAUGUCUGCACCUCGACUUGUGGUUUAGUCAUGUAAAUAGCACUAUGCUAGUGACCAUUGCUGCCCUGUACAUAAUACAUUUUCAAGUAAAGGGAAUUCCAGUUGGGGGAAAAAACACAAAAAAAGGGCAGAUUAGUCCUGUAACAAACACCAACUAAUGUAAAUCAAAUUCAUUCUGGUGAUGGUAUUUAACACUUUAAAUAAAACAUUUUCUUUA